AUGGCUACGCGUCAUAUCGCUGCAAGAGCAGGUGCAGCAGCAGCAUCAGCAGAAUUUGAUGCGCCGCGAGAACCCAAGGCAGCAGGUGCAGACGCAGCAGCAGGAGGGCUUCCGCUUUGGCGCCAGAUCUUUCUACGAAGGGCCAGAAUUAAGCACUUGCUGCAACACGAGUGGUUUGCUGAUGUCUGUACAGCUCACGCUGCAGCGCUGGAGGAGAAUCGCCGGCUGCUAGCCAACCAUGCGUCUAUCUUGGCUGUCCGCUCUGCUGCGGCAGCACAAGAGGGAGUAACAGCAGCAGCUGCUGCAGCUGCUGGCACCGGCUCGCCGUCGACAGAUCAACGCCUACUGGUGCAGAGCGCCCAAGACGCGGCAGCUCUCAAACAGCAAGUACGGGCUAUACAAGCAGCAGCGGCAGCAGCACAGCGCCAAUAUGAGAAGCACAGACGGCACCUAGAAACGGAGUUGCUUCUCCUACAGCAGCAGAUACAGCAGCAGCAGCAGGUGCUCGCAGAGAAAGACCGAGAACUACUGCAGCAGCAACGACAGUUGCGAGAGAAGGAGGAGGAAGUGUCAGAGAAGGAAGCCCAGGCAGCAGCAACACGCAGGACGUGUUUGCUGCUGGUGCAGCAACAGCAGCAGCAGCAGCAAGCUGUGCAGAAAGCGCAGCAAGAAGUUGCAGCAAAGGCCCUAGAGACUGAGGGCUACCUGCGGGAGCUGCUGCGCUACAAGCAAGCGGAAGCAGCCUCUCUCGAGCUGUUGCAGCAGCAGAUGCGCUCAGCAUCACCGGCAAACGCCGAUCAUGCUGUUGCCACCUAUACUCCUGCGUGUGCGUCAGCCAGGGGCAUUGCAGUGGAGGGUGCUCCUGCGUGCGCCAGGCAGCAGAUUCAGCCAGCAGCAGAGGCAGUGAGGGCCGCAGUUGUUGCUCAUGCGGCUGCUGCACCCGCUUCAGCUGCAGCCCGGGCGGCUGCAGCAGCUACGUCGGAAACAAAUGCUGGUGGUAAAGCGUGUAGCAAGGGCAGUAGCAGCAACCGCAGCAACAGCGGGGCUAGCAGAGGAGCUGCGGGGGAAAGCCGGCCGCCUCUGCGACUGGUGCAUUCGGAUCGACUGCACGCCGGAGCAGCCCUCUGUUGCUGCUGCUCGCCGACAGCAGCUGCAGGAAACGCGUCAGCAACAGAGCUGUUCAUCUCUGGUGGUGCAGACGGAACCCUUGCUGUGCGAGCCGCUGCCUCUAGCAGAAACGUCUACACAUUCAUCCCCUCUCCGCUGUGGGCUGCAUGCACUGCUGUUGAUUUGCUGCUGCGGCAGCAGCCAUAUGCUCAAGUGCAGCAGGAGGUACAACAACAGCAGGAAGCUGUGGUGCUGGUAGGUUGUAUAGACGCCGCUUUGUACGUAGCGCAGCUGCCUAGAGGGAAGGUGGUGGAGACUCUCAAAGGCCACGGAGGCUCUAUUGUUGCAUGCGGCUUCAUACAGCCUCAAGGAGACACAGCAGCAGCAACGGCAGCAGCAUCAACAUCACCAGCUGCUGCUGCGUGGAGCGUGGGGAAUGACAGGUCAGUGCGUCUGUGGGAUCUACACCGCAGCGCAUGCAGCCGCGCUGCUGUGCUCUUCUCGCGCCCGACAGCAGCAGCAGCAGCUGAAAGAGGGCUGCUACUGGUAGGUCACCGCAACGGAACACUUGGCGUUUUCAGUCCGUCCAGCCCAUGCAGCGGUAACAGCAAGAGCAGCAGCAGCAGCAGUUGGUCUCCAGAUAUUGUCUCUUCUGCAAUGCACAACUCGGAGGCCAUCGUGGGCGUGGCUAUAUCCCCAGACAGAUACACUGUAUGUACCCUUGGAGAGGACAAGACGUUGCAGCUCUUGGACCUACGAAUGCUGUUGCAGCACCGGCAGGAGCAACAGGCGGUGCUGACACACCCUUUGUUGCGCCGCAACACGGUUGUUGCUUCCCCGUGUUUCUCCCCCUGUGGCCGCAUGCUAGCAGCGGCUACUGGCAGCCACCUCCUCUUGUGGGACCUGCAGAAGGCCGCGGGUGUUCACACGGCAGCAGGAGCAACAUCCGAUAUUCUGGGAAGCCGCAACACUGGCCAGGACGGAGUCGGCGAGGAUCUGUCGGCAGUUCGCCUGCAGCAGCUUCAACAGAUGAACGAUGAUAGGCUGCUCUCAGUGCUCCACUGUGCUGAUGCAGAAAUUUGCUGCCUGUCGUGGAGUAGCGGCAGUAGAAGAUUGUUUGCAGGCUGCAGAGAUGGUGGAGUGUUCGUUUGGGAAUAG